UUGCUGGGUUAUUGCAGGUGUUGGGUUCGAUUUUUCAAUUUCGAAUGCUAGGUUUUUGCAGGUGCUGGGUUCGUUUGCAGGUGCUGGGUUCGAUUUCGAACCCAGCACACGGUGGGUUUGAGGCCUUGGGUUUCGUUUCGAAGUUUAAUCUGUUGAUUUCUUGUGUUAUCCUCGAAUUUAAUAUUAGGAGUUAGGGUUUGCAGAAGGGACAUUUUGUCUAGAAUCCCUCGGACUUCUAUUCAACAUGUACACAGGAAAACUAAUCAGUGUGCAGAUACUCUGACUGCGGUGGCAUAUUCACAAUCUGUGGAUUUUGUUUCUUUUGACUGUUGUCCUCCGGGAUUUCUUUUUUAUUAUGAGGCUGACAUGGUGGGAACCUGUUUUCCCAGGCCAUAGUGUAUUAUCUGUGUGCUCUUUAAUGCAUUUCUCUCUUUUACCAAAAAAAAAAAAAAAAAAAAAAAAAAAGGAGAGACCCUCCAUCGAAUAAAGAUGCACAGCAUACAGUUCAAUCCAUGGGGAUCCGCAAAAUAUUAUAUUGAAUAAAUAUUCCCGUUCAUCCCCAAUAAGCAGCGAAAAGCAAUAACCCUACGCCAACAGGGGAAUUCGGUGUCCAAAACAUAAAAAUGUAUUCAAUUUCAGUAUCAUCAGAACUCACUACUACUGGCAGCUUCUGCAAACCACCUAUCUCACUUCACAGAUUUUCUUUUCCAUUUUUGAGAUACCCAUUUGCUAACAUCCCCAAGAGAUCUCCUGCAACAGCAAUUCAUGCUCGGAAGAGAGACCCAAGAUCUCAGCCAGUUCUCAAACCAUCCAUAGUUGAAGACGUGUCAAUGGGCGAUGAAGAAGACGACGAAGAAGAGCAGCUUCUGUUUGAUGACUCGAAAGACGGUAUAGAUGCAUCAAUUGAGGAGGAUGAUUAUGUUAAAGAUGAGUAUGUGGAAGCUGAAAAAACUGAACUCUAUGUUGGUGAUGGAGCAGGAGGAGGGGGGAUUGAAAGUUCACCCUCUACAAUUCUCUCCCCACACUCACUGCAUGGAGCAGAGCGCAUUACAGAAGCUAUCAACAAACCAUCAUCAACUAUGAGCACCGCCGGUCAGGUCAUCCGUUGCAAGGCUGCUGUUGCAUGGGAGGCAGGGAAGCCACUUGUGAUUGAAGAAGUGGAGGUGGCACCACCGCAGAGGAAUGAAGUCCGUGUGAAGAUACUCUACACCUCUUUGUGCCACACUGAUGUCUACUUCUGGGAGGCCAAAGGACAAAACCCCCUAUUUCCUCGCAUUCUUGGUCAUGAAGCUGGAGGGAUCGUGGAGAGUGUGGGUGAGGGUGUAACUGAUCUCCAACCAGGUGAUCAUGUUCUCCCUAUAUUCACAGGGGAAUGCAAGGAGUGCCCCCACUGCAAGUCAGAAGAAAGCAACAUGUGUGAUCUCCUUAGGAUCAAUACUGAUAGGGGUAGUAUGAUUAAUGAUGGCAAAUCAAGGUUCUCUAUCGAUGGGCAGCCAAUCCAUCACUUUCUCGGCACUUCAACUUUCAGUGAAUACACUGUUGUCCAUGUUGGACAGGUUGCAAAGAUCAAUCCAGCUGCUCCUCUUGACAAAGUUUGUGUCCUCAGUUGUGGGAUAUCCACAGGCUUUGGUGCCACUGUGAAUGUUGCUAAACCCAAAAAGGGUCAUUCAGUUGCCAUUUUUGGACUGGGUGCUGUUGGUCUUGCUGCUGCUGAAGGGGCACGGUUUUCUGGGGCUUCAAGGAUCAUUGGUGUAGAUCUGAAUGCCAGCCGAUUUGAGGAGGCCAAGAAGUUUGGUGUAACAGAGUUUGUGAAUCCUAAAGAUCAUGACAAACCUGUUCAACAGGUGAUUGCUGAGAUGACAAAUGGAGGUGUGGAUCGCAGUGUCGAAUGCACUGGAAGCAUUCAGGCUAUGAUUUCAGCAUUUGAAUGUGUCCAUGAUGGUUGGGGUGUUGCAGUGCUUGUUGGUGUCCCGAGCAGAGAUGAUUCGUUCAAAACAAGUCCAGUGAAUUUCCUGAAUGAGAGGACUCUCAAAGGUACCUUCUUUGGCAACUACAAACCCCGCACUGAUAUUCCGAAAGUUGUUGAACAAUACAUGAACAAGGGGCUAGAACUGGAGAAACUGGAGAUGUUUAUAACUCACUCUGUUCCUUUCUCGGAGAUCAACAAAGCAUUCGAGUACAUGCUGUCUGGCCAGGGUCUGAGAUGCAUUAUUCGCAUGGAACAUUAGAGGGAAUCGAAAUUUCCAUCUAUGUAACCAGAAAGUUAUUUUAAAAUUUCUUGGCUGUGAAGAGUGAGUUGUGUGUGUAGCAGUUUCAUUUGGGCAGUAUUGAACUCAUGGAUAUAAUCUAUAUGUCAUUUUUUCUUUUCUUGUUUCUCUUUGGUUACAUUUUCACGGCCUGUCUUUUCUCUUAAUUGAUAGAGGCUUUAGCACCUCCAAUCUAUCUAUGAAGAGGCAGGCUUGCCAAACAUAAUAAAUAACUAGAAGUCUA